GUUUCGGACCAUUCAGAUUUCAAGUUUAUUUGUGGUCAAAAGACCGAUCAUAUUUGAUUUUGAACGAAUCAAAAUGGAUGCUGGGUGUGAAUGAACUAUGUACUGAAAAACGAACAGCUUUUUAUCGAGUUGUGUCGUGGGCCCGAUUUUAAUUGGGAAUCCGGCGUCGCGAUUUUGUUUAGCCAAUAUUCAAAUAGUGAGAAACAUAAAGUGCUAAAGGAAAAAGGAUCGACCAUAAUAUCGUUCAAUACAGUAGUCACCGUGUCGGUAAUGUGUUUAUACGAAAGAUUCGGUGGAGCCCACUAUCCGCAGGUGGCACUAGGAUGAGGACUUUGACGGAUAUACUGUGUGUCGAUCUAAAUUCGCGAGUGUUUAAUGCGUCGGUGCUUCCCUGUCUCGGUACGACAUGGCGAGACAGUUCGGACUAAAGUGUCGCUCGCGUGAUGUAUGAGCGGUCAGACAUGAAAUGCAUAUACAGGAAGGAACAAACACAACUCUGACAACAUGUACCAAAAUGACAGAGGAAGUAGACAGAAGACAUGGCGUGAAUGGUAACAGCAGUAGUAAGGGUGCAAGUGAGGAUGCUCCUGUGAACAGUUCUGCUGUCACUGCUACUGGUGGGAGGCUUAAGUUUUUCAAAGAUGGAAAGUUUAUAUUGGAAUUGGUGCGCGGGUGCGCACGAGAAGGCGAACGUGCAGGCUGGGUGUCGGUGCCACGUAAGACGUUCUGGCCGCCGGCCGCCGCGCCGCCUACGCCACCCGCAGCAGCGCACCCGCCCUCCGCCUCGCUGUCUGUCUCUGACGACAACAGCUCCGUGCAGUCUUCGCCGUGGCAGCGCGACCACUGCUGGAAGCAAACUGCACCGCGCAGAAACAUUUCCAAAGAGUUAGCCAUGUACUACUGCCGACCCAGCACUCUGCAUACUGCCGCAAUCGAGGUGGCCAGCCGGUUGAAGCGAAGGAGACCCUAUGACACCACCCACUUGGAUGGAAUCGUUAACGGGACUAAUUCCAGGAAAAGUUUAACUAAUGGAGUUAGUGAUAAAAAGAAUGGCGACGUUGGAUCGCCAGAGAGUAGAGCAUGUCGGAGCGACGAUGUCGUCGACGGCACUGGACCGAAAGUUAAAACUAACUCUGAUGACGAUCGAUGGACUGAUUACGAUCGUGAAAAAUACUAUCAUAUGAAACUAAAGAAACCGUAUCAGUAUCGUAAGUUAAGGGUUUAUAAAAAGACAAAACCUGCGAUAAGACGUAAGGAAUUAACUAAAACGGUAAACAAACUUCGAGAGAGAAUUUCUUCACUACCUUUGCCUGUGAAUGCGAAAUUAGCAAACUGCAGGCAGGAGCAUAUGAUGGUUUCUCCGAGAAAACGUAUUCUGCGAGAAUUGGAACGAGUAAGUCUUGAAGAUCAGAGUAUGAAACGCCGAGCGAAAACUGUACCUGCUUUAAGCACAGCUUCAUAUCCACCGUCACCCGGUCCUAGCCACACAACGCACAAACCAGUCGUCGAGACGCCGAUACGAUCACAUAAUGGUACGGCAGCACCAAGAAAAGAGACGCCAAUUCAUGUCUCCAAGAAUGUUAGCAGUUACAGUAUACACUCGCUUCUAAGUAUGCCAGAUGACAGCCCAACAAGGAGGUCUCCAGAGGCGAAGCGGUCUCCGCACUCCCAUCCACCAUCACUGAAGACCGAGUCACCAUCGAGUGUAAACUCGCCAGACUUAAGUCCAAGCCCGGAUAACUACCGAUACCGGUACUCCACAUUGAUGGGCUCACCGGGCCAGGGCGGGCUAGCGCGUGACUCGCCCACGCCACCUCAGGAGCUAGCUCGCUACCGGGCGCCCUACCCGCCGCCCACCUCGCCUUACGGCGUGCGGCAGUGGGGCGGUGUAAGCGUGGGCGCGCAAUACCGCGGAUCGCCAGCGCGCGAUGAGUGGGGUCGCGACAUGGCCUACAUGUACCCAUACUCGUACAUGGGCCCUCAUCUGUACCGCACUCCGCCACCACCACUUUGGAUGCAAUAUCCCAUGUCACCCGGAGUACCGCCAGGCCCUUGGGCUCCUCUGGCGAUGCCACUUACCAACGACCACAUACCUAAAGAUGAACCUACUUCAGAUUUGCCGCUCAAUUUGUCGAAACACUGAGAAACACGGCGCUGGCGCAAGUCUGAGACGUGAGACUGAACACACAAACAAACAUUGUUUUAAUAAAUUCGGUCAAUUUCGCUCCGUCGUGCGUGACACGUAUUCCGCCAUAGUAUAAGCCACGUAAAUCUUUCGCGUGUGUUAUUUAAAAUAUGAAAAAAGCUAUUUGGACUUUUAAAUUUGUAUGUAGCUGUUAUGGCGAAACAGCAAUAUUCAUGAUCAAUAGUUAAAGUUAAUGAUGCAUGUGGAAGAUAAGCACGGUAAACUUGUGGUGUCAUGUCGUCAAUAUAAUUGUCCAAUGAACAUUCCACUCACACUCAACGAUUGGCGCAUGCAGAAUUCCAAAAAUUAGAUCCCACCUAACCCAGCUUAUAUGAUCGCGCUGUUGCGAUUAUGUAUUUUAUAUAUUGUAACUGUAGCAAAUAUCUUAUGCAAGCUUGCAAGAAUAUUUUUGUAUAGAUUGUCGUUUUCCGACUGAGCAUUCUGUUCGGGGAUCUAUUUACAAACUAAUGUAUAUUACACUGAAAUAUUAUAUUUUAGUAUAGAUGUAUGUAUGCAGAGUCAUGUGUGUAUUUUCAUACGAAAUAUUUGUACUGCAAAAUAAAUAUUUUAAUAUUGGCUAUUAUUUUAGGGUAAGAUUCUAAGAUGAUCUAAAUAAACAAAUUACAGUUUAUCAAUUGUUAAAUUCAGUGCCUUGAAAGAAAAGAGAUAUUAAGAUCAUAUUUAAUUAUAGACGAAAAGUAUUACCAGAAAUCCUGGCUUCGUCCAAAUUUACAUUACAUAACACAUAGGUACUGCUUAUAUUCAUAAAAGUGAAAAUGUUAUAUACUAUAAUAUCUAAUAUUACUCCUGUUCCUUUUUCAAAUGCAAAAUUCCAUAUGUUUAUGUUCGAUCUCAUUAUUUAAUUUAGAAAAUAAAAUAAAAUGAGGUAAAGACUACAGUUUUGGGAACAAAUUUGGAUGUGUGUUUAUGUAACAUGUAUAAAAAUAAGAGACAUUGUAAAUAAUUUGUGAAUGGUGUAUUAUUGAUGGAAGUUCGAGGCGUAGUUAUAACAGAGCAUUAAUCAUUUACGACUUAUCAGUAAGGAGUUUAUUACCUUCAAAUAAUUAUUGUAAUUGUACAGUAUUUUUAUAACGAGUAUUUUAUGUUGUUUACGCUGUUGAAGGGAGUCUGUCUUGCAGUAGGUGUAUCGGGGAGCGAGCAGGCUCGCGGGCCUGCUCGCCUCUGCAGGCUUUGAGAUUAAAACGUAGAGCUAGAUUUAACUGCAAUUUUAGUUGAUGUAUGGGGUUAUGUAUUAUAAGAACAGUUAAAUGACGGUAAGGGACUGACUUCUGAUGUAAUAUUAUCAUUAAUGGAACUGUAUAAAAUAGUUAUAUAACCGAAGGCCUAUUGUAACGAUUGUGUUGUCCUCCAACUAAGUUGACUUAGUUUAAAUGUAGCUAUAAUACAUCCUGCUCAAUUUUGCUCUUGAGUAAAUAUAGGGAACAACUUUAUUUCAAUGUUGUGGUAUGUGUAGAAGGAAGCUGUAUUUUUUAUAUAAUAAAUGUGACUUGUCUAUGUAAUAAAAGUUUUGAGUAAAUGCUAACCACCGGUUCACUAUUUUAAACUCAAAUAUACUCUGUGGUUUGCAUAUACUCGAAUAAUUUGAAAUAAAGCUGUCUAUAGACACAGAUUGUAUGAUGUGACUUUUUUUUUGUAAAGACUAAUAUUAAUAUUUUGCGUUAUAACAAUAAUACGUCAUAGGAAACAUAUUAAUCAAACGCUGUUAUGUUACCAUAAUAGUGUUCUUAUAAAAAUAUAUGACGGGAUACAUAUAUAUUUCCGAUGGUUAAAUUCAACUUUUUUUCUGCUUUUCCAUCGGCAUUCCUAGCGUACUGAGAACGAAAGAAGAACAGUCGAAGUACAUUUAAGUGCCAUUUGACGACGCGACAACUCUACUGGGGACUUUCACUUUUGUGGCUGCAGUGAAAACAACUGCUGAAGUUACUGUCGCUAUAUGGACUGUAAUUUCACAGCUAUGUGCUACCUUAUGUUGCUAUAACCACGAAGAUGCGUCUCCUCAUUAGAGUUGUCGGCUACAAACUUUUAUUUUAGUAUAUAAUUUUAUAUGGGUUUAUAGAAAAUGCAGAUUUCUCCCAACCACAACAUUGUUUUACCGAUGUUUUAAAAAUGCUAAAAUAUUUUUCUACUCGAUGAUAUAACAGAAACAUGAAAUAUGUGAUAGUGCUUUCAAAAUAAAUAAGACACAAAAUUAUCCAGGUGUCUUAAAAUCCCCCUAAAAUCAUAUUUAUCAUACCGAGAAAUAGUUAUUAUCCAUUAUAUUAAGAUGUAGUUAUUACUCGAAUAAAUAUAACUUUUUAAAAA